GCGGAUCUUAAGUAAUCUGACAUAUUUCCUUUAAAAUAUCCCGUCGAACCCCCAAAAAGCGUUUUCGUACGUUACAAUGCAGACAGCCGAUGCUGUCCGGCCAUACUGUCUUUGUGACGUCAUCAACAAAAUUAAAAAUGUCGGAAUUUGUAAAAUUUACAAAACUCAGAUCUACUACAGAUUGUACAUUUUGGGCAAAAUUUGUAGAAUUGAAGAUUGACAAGUUUAAAUUGGAUGAGAAAAGUAUCAAUUUAUGGGGAAGUUAUAGUCUUCAAUCAUUGAAUGAAGAUAAUUUUAAUCCAUUGGUGUUGGAUUUCACAUCGUUCAAUGAAGACUUGGAAACAAUAAAUAAUAAAUCAUCUGUUAUUUGUUUUGGACAUAUGAUUAAUACAAAUACUUUUGAAGCAUUUCGUCAAAUUAAUCCUGAACAAUUUAUUGAUUCUAUGGGAAAAGAUAUUAUAAAUAGUAUUCAAGAUGGAACAAUAUUACAAAAUCCAUGGAAAUUAUCAUUAUUUUUAGUAUUAGCUUAUUCAGAUUUAAAAAAAUACAGAUUUUAUUACUGGGUUGCACAUCCUACUCCCUUAAAAUUACCAGAAAUGUAUUAUGAAGAAAUUCCAAAAUCGAUCACAGAAGAAUUCUCAGAGAAACAUGUUGAAAAUUUAUGUAAUGAUUUUUUACAUUUAGACUGUAGAACAAAAAAUUAUUUCACAGUACUAAUAUCAAAAGAAAAUAAAAUAUGCAUUGUUGACCUAGCAACAGGAAUAAAUGCUAUCAGCAUAAAUAAUGAAAAACAAUCACAAGAUUACAUUGAAAUUUAUUUUGCAUUUUAUGAUCCAUGUACAAGUUCCAAUCCAGGCUGGCCUUUACGUAAUCUAUUAUGUCUUUUAUGUUGGUAUUGUCCUACACAUUAUUUUUCAAAAAUUAUUAAAUUUAUAUCCAUACGAGGAAACAAGGCACAGAAAAGUCUCGUUUUUAAACUAAAAACUAAAGAAUAUAAAAAUUAUAAAAACAUAAGAGAUAAUCUGUUUCUGAGUCAUCUAGUGGGUUGGGAGAGCAAUUCAAAUGAUAAAUUAGGUCCCACUAUAGCUGAUUUAUCUGAUACUAUGGAUCCAACUAAGUUAUCAGACAAAGCUAUUAAUUUAAACCUAAAACUAAUGAAAUGGCGUCUUGUUCCUAAUCUAGAUCUAGAAAAGAUCUGUAAUCUUAAAUGUCUUCUGUUGGGCGCUGGAACUUUGGGUUGUUCUGUAGCAAGAGUUCUCUUAGGUUGGGGAGUAAACAACAUAAUUUUCGUCGAUAGCUCUCAUGUAUCUCAUAGUAAUACUGUACGUCAAAGUUUGUACAAUCAUCAGGAUGCUAUAAAGCAUAAAUAUAAAGCUCAUGCAGCCAAAGAUGCCCUGCUAAAUAUCCGACCGAGCAUAAAUACAGAAGGUAUAGUUUUACAUAUUCCAAUGCCCGGACACGUUGUUGGUCAAAGCAUGCUGGAAUCUACAAAGCAAUCUUUGAAAAAAUUAGAGGAACUUAUUGAAAUAAGCGAUGUUGUCUUUCUUCUAUUGGAUUCUCGGGAAGCUAGAUGGUUACCUACGGUUCUUUGCGCUGCUAAAAACAAGAUUACUAUCAAUGCAGCCUUGGGUUUUGAUUCUUAUACUGUACAGAGACAUGGUACUCGAAAUUUUAAUAAUCAAAUUUCUCCAGACUUGGAAGUUAAAAAUCCUCGUGGUAUGGAUCUUGGUUGUUAUUUUUGCAACGACGUAACACAACCGGGAAAUUCACAAACUGACAGAACAUUGGAUCAACAAUGCACAGUUAGUAGGCCAGGUUUAUCACAAAUAGCUGCAGGAAUGGCAGUAGAAUUAUUGAUAGCUCUAUUGCAACACCCUGAAGGUGUUGAAGCAGAGGCAUUAGUGGGAAAUAGCAGAGAUAAUAUCAAUUCAAAUGACGCAAAAUUGGUUGGUUUAUUAGGAUGUGUACCACAUACUAUACGCGGAUCUCUAUGGAAUUAUGAUACCCAACUGACGAUUACUCAUAGAUUUACAUCUUGUACGGCCUGCUCUGUGCCUAUUAUUAUUGAAUAUAAAAAUCGGGGUUUAUCUUUUGUUUUGGAUGCGUGUAAUAUACCAAAUUAUUUAGAAAAGUUAUCAGGAUUAGAAGAAAUACUUAAACGACCCGAUUUGGAUGAGCUUUGCUAUGCAUUGGAUAACAUAAGUGAUGAAGACGAAGACGAUCAAAAAAUGUGAUAAAUAUUAUACAGAAUUACAGAAUUAGAAAUUUUAUGCUCAUUUAAAUAAGCAUAAUCAUCGAGAAAAAGAAUUAUGGAUUCAUCUUCCUUUUUUUUUUUUUCGAUUCCUACAAUAUUUAAAAUUUUUUUUCCUUGACGAAAAUGUAUUUGACAUGUGUAAUAUAAUACUUAAAAAAUUUAAUUUUAUCAUGAAAAAAAUAUUGAAAAUUUAUCGUGGAAUAUAUUUCAAGACUAUA